UGGAAAAUGAUUUUGUAUUUUUCUACGCUGCUAAUUGCACUGAUAUUGAGCUGGGUCAAUCUCUCUUCGGCGGAUUGCAUCAAAGAAACCGGUCUCCAAGAAAGGGAUGUACCAAAAAACUUCGAAGCUUUACCAAAUGCCACCGAAACUUACAAAUGUUUUGUUAAAUGCCUAAUGGAAGAGGCUGGCAUUUUGCAAAAUGGUGAAUUUCGGCUUGACAAGGCGGCCGAAGAAUGGAAACAAGAUUCCGUGUACAAAACUAAUUUGCCGAAAAUGUUGGAAAUAGGCAAUAGCUGCAAGCUAUUGAAAGGUGAAAAUGAUUGCAAGCAAGCCUUUAAUAUCAAUGUGUGUAUACUGCAAAAGGCUGCCGAAGUGUUUCCCGUUGUUAAGGACGAAUUUAAUUUAGAGUGAUUAUUCGGUAGGUCAGCGAUGUGUGGGAUGUAAGCAAUAGAGAAGAAGUCUAUUAACAUUAAAAUU